AUGGGCGCUACAAUGAGCGCUGAAGAAUUCCUGGCCAAUGUUGAAGGCGGCAUCGUGCCAGUGACCUGCCAUGAGGAUGUCUUGCGGAUCGCAUUGAUCUAUCUGGACGAGGGGCUGUGGACCGGCAAUGGGGUGUUCGAUGUUGUGGAGAAGCUACACGCGCAUGGCUUGUCCUUUGGUGAGGGUGAUUUACGCUUUAAUCGUUCCCUGGAUAUAUUCUACCUCGCACAGCUAGCAGCAGCCAUCUACCGCUAUUCCUCCCAACUGGAGGAUGACUUCCCCUCCUUCUCUGAUUUCCCUGCCUUCUACACAGCCCACCACGCCCUCCUGCACGCCUCCGCCUGGCGCUCCUACUACUCUACCCCCUUCCUCACCCAGCGCACCACAGCGCGCUUCUACCGCCUGCCCGACCUCCAGGACCUCCCCGACUCCUCCUCCCCACUAUGCCAGCCGCGCCAGAGUCCGGCAUCCGUACACGUCCUGAAACUCCCCCGCUGGGCCUACACUGUCGGGUGCACACGCCGUAGGCAGCCCUUUCUGCCAUGUGCGGCUCUUACUGCAGUAGCCCUCAGCACGCUGGAGGCAACUAUGACACGCCUGCACACGGCCUACCCCAGCGCACCACCCUAUUCCGAAUCGCAUGCGCGCUUCUGGCUUGACUAUUUUACUCCUGAUCCAUCUCCGUCUCGCGUGGCUAAGGUACCUCCCCGGGAAGCAUGGGGGCCCAAUAGCUUUGGGAUAUUGGUCGCGCAGGGAAAGUAUGAUAUACAAGGGUUGGAAGCAGAGUACCUCGCACAGGUAUCGGGGGGAGAGGUUACCGAGGGCGAUAGCCUGUCGGAGCAGGUGAUCUGGUGUGGGUUGCCGGAUGGAGGGAUUGGAGAGCAGGCGUGGUGGAGGGGGUGGGAGGAAGAGGUCGGGAGUGAGGAGGAGGUAGAGUUCCUAGCCGCUGUUGCGGUGGAGGAGACAGUUGGAUUCGGACUCCAAGGAAUCGAGAUGGAUGAGUUGGACUUGUCAAUCCGGUCACAUAUACUACUAGCGGUCAUGCAGGCUGCGGUGAAGGACAGGCAGGAGAGGGAGCGGUUCCUGGGGGAGCUGGAGAGGCGGAUGGUGCAGAAGGGGAGACUCGGCAAGGAGAGGGCAGGGAGGUGGGCCAGGGAGGCCUUGGGGAUCAUGGAACCGUAUGUACGCGAAUGGCAGGGCGUGUGGCCUGGUGCAGAGGAGAGGGGGAAGAUGCUGCGGCGGAUUCUGGUGGAGAAUGCGCAGCUCUUUGCACGCUGGACGGUGUCACCUGUUUCGAAGCAGUUCACUUUUGAGCUGGGGCCGAGGGAGUAAGGGAUUCAAACUACUUGCUUAUUGAGAACAUGAGGUGAUACGGGGUACACCUCAUUCCUGGUGAUCGAUCUCCCAGUGCCCAAUAUUGUUCUUGCUAUAGUAUGCUUUCACUACGGGUGCAGAAUAUACAGGGCAGCGGUUGGCCAAGCGGCGGCUCCCUGUCCAACGUCACGGGUGGAAAGGCGGCCGUUUCUGGCGCCAGAGGCUGUCAUUUUCGGCGUCAUUCUCAUAGGUCCCUAUAUUCUAUAUGUAGAAGAUUGUCCAGGGAAAGUGACCACGCAAAAUAGCCGUUGCAAAGCAGAUAGGUAUACUGUAGAGAGGGAUGACCGUCAUGGAUGUUGUUGAUACACAACCUAUGGACGACGGCAUUGGAUCGUAGAAUUAAACGCAUUGGUCCUCGGAAAUAUGAGUUCACCGUGAGGUCAAGAGGAUAAAGAGAAUGGUGGACGGUGAAAAGCGCCUGGAUUCCAAUUCACGAGUCCAAAACAGCACAUUCAACCAGAGGGUGCAGGAAAACGUGAAAAACGGCGAAAACGAUGAACCCGGUGAAGAGCCGCUGGUUUCUAUGGCUCUGAGUUGAACUCGAAGAUGGCAAUUGAACCAUAGUGGAUGACACCUCCAGGACAUGAAUACAGUAUGAGAAAUGUCGAGGAAAGGAAGCGAGUACUUAUGUUGAUAAUCC